UGUUUUCGCUGCGAUCUGUUCGCGUCUCGGUUUCGGCUGCUUGGCUUUCGGCGUCACGCGUGUAAUACGCCCGUGUUUGGCUAGACUUGUUUGCGAGUGGUUGGUGUCGAUUUGCUGUGCGGUUUCCGCUUCCUUUCACACAGAGUGCAGUGCAGUGGUGGUGUACUGAUCGCGCCGAUCGAGUCUGCGUGGUAAGGUCGUAGUACGGCCAGGGGGGACGAACGCGCUGUGACCGUUCACUGUGCCGUGUACAGUUCGUGAGGGAACCGGUGAGUGCGGGCUUUACAGUGUUUUGGACGCGUUUCCCUCUCUUGCUCUCUCUCUCUCUGUGUCUCAAUCUCGCUCCGUUUGAAUGGAAGGUUAGAGAGCACAGCGUUUGACAGGGUUCGUCUUCUGCUUCCAUCCGUACGCGUGCAACGCGGGCCAUCGAACUCGUACUUUCAUCGUCUGGACACUCAAGUUCGGGGUCUCCAGUCACGAUCGCGCCUUGAACACGCAGACUCCUUUUUGCACAGGUUUCGCCACCGCAUUUCUUCCCCUCUCACCUUCCUCGUCCUACCUCAAGCGUGGUGGCGAACGUGAAUAUGAAAGUUUAAAUCGAAAUCCGGGCAACGUUUUGUGCGACCCCAGCGGAAACAAAGAGCCAACCGUCCGGUUCGACCUGGUUCAAGUGCGGCCGUGCACCGUAUCGAUCGCGUAGGCGUUGAAGAACGAUCCCGAAAAGGAAAAGGGAAGGAACAAAACCCCACAGUGCAACAACAGCGGCAGCAACAGCCAAAACAAAACAACCAAGCACACUGCAACGGGUCGCCAACUACACGUGUUAGAAACUCGACCACUCCACAGCGCUCGUACAGCAAGGCGAAAGUGUUUUCGAUGACUGGUGAAAAGACUAAAACGCACGACGACGUCGAUCAAGUCCUGAACACCCGCUCCUUGGAAGCUUCUUCCACGUUCUAUCUGCAAAUCGCUGGCAUCCUCGUCGUGUCCGGUUGCGCUGCAAGCCGUUUUUUUUCUACGAUCGCAUUGCGUUGAACAGCUGCGCCUGGAAGUGUCUCAUUAAGGAAGGAGGAACGACCAAACAAACCAAAAUGUGCUUCCCUUGCGCGCGGGCCGUUCGAUUCUGAUCGAUCCACAUCACGCGCACCUGAGCCCCUGUGUUUGUGGGGCUGUGUUGCAACACAUCGACGACAGAAUGGCGAACCCGUGCUUCGAUCCUGCCACCGCACCGUACCCAGCCACCGUGUGCAUCCAUCUGUGGCCCCGGGAGGCGUAAAGUUUUCCAACGCCAACGGCACGCAUCCGCAGCAGAAGGAGCAGCAGCAGCAGCAGCAGCAGCAAACAGCACCGACAGAAACCCCUACGGCUGUGACACGGUAAUUGAAAAUUCAAAACGAACCCCAACACGUACACGACGCGAGUGGUGUUACCGGCAGAGAGCUGUCCCGCAUCUAAACCUACACACGCCCGGGUACGGUGCUGCGUCUGGUGCACCCGGGUCGGGGCGAUUUUGUUGUUUGGCGUCUACAGCCGAAGGCCACUCUCCUGGUGGGCCUCGACACCCUUCCCGAAAACCCGCCAACCGGAGGAAUGACGAAUUUAAACAAGCUCAAGGUGGUCGUCAUUGGCAGCGCCAAAGUGGGCAAAUCGGCCGUCACGGUGCGUUAUCUCACGAAGCGUUACAUCGGGGAGUACAGCUCGGCGAGAGACUUCCUGUACCGGCAUAGUGUCACCUAUGACAAUAUUACGACCGAGGUGGAAAUUAUGGACACUUCCCGGUGUGAUAAGCGGGGCUGCUUGUACGAACAUCUCCGCUGGGGAGACGCAUUCGUGGUCGUGUACUCAAUCUGUGAUAAGGCAAGCUUCGAGGAGGCGGCCGACUAUCUGCAGCAGCUGACCAAGCUGAAACUGCCCUCCUACUACACGCUCCUGCUGCUGGGCAACAAAAGUGAUCUCGAUCAUGCGAGGGAAAUCUCGGUUAAUGACGGACAGGAGCUCUCGUUCCGCUACUCCUGCCAGUUCUACGAGGUAUCGGCGGCGGAAAAUUUUGCCGGCGUUUCGCUCGCCUUCCAUUCGCUGAUCCGCGAGGCCCGCUCGACCCAGCUAUUUCGGGCGCUGCCGAUGCGAAGGAAGCUGGGCGUCAACAGUGUAUCGAAAGCGCUCGGGAACAUUUUUGGCAAGAACAGCAAGGGCGAGCGGAAGAAACGACCCUCGCUUAGCAUAUGACAGCCACCGGCUAAUGCUGGGACCAGGGACACCAAGCACCAUCGACAUCCGAGCCUGCCUUAAGCGGGGUUGCAUUUCUUUCUUUUUUCGUUUUAAUUUUUUUAUUUUUACUGAUUGCACGAUGUACAUAUACAUAUUUGUAACAGAAUUAGCUUCUAUGUUACUACCUAUGUUAGAUGCUAGAUCAAGUGUAAAGAAUAGUGAGUAAUAAGCAACUGUGACACCAAUGCAGCCAUUCCUGAGGGGACUAUACCCUUGUUUUUAGUAAGUUAGUGAGUUUUUUUUUACAUUACAUGCAACAGUGCUAGAUUCAAAGUACUAAAUUUAAAUCUUUCCGGGCAAACGGUGAGCAUGUUUCGAACAGCAGUUGUAUUACGUUCCUAUCAGAUCAGUUCCGUAGGAUAAGACACACGGAUUGCCUAACAAAUAUUGUAAAGAAAAGUAAAAUAAAACCCAAGUAGAACAAAGAUAUCUAAACCUUUUUCAUUGAGCUUUUAAGGUUACAUGAGUAAAACAGUCCCUCGUUCGAAA